AUGUGUAAUUCUGAUUUUGGUGCGCUAAAUAUUGAGAGAGUCACGCAGGCACAUUUUAACGAAGUGAAAAGAUUUAUGACUAUCGAUUUUUUGCAUAAUGAACCAUUAAGCAAGUCAAUAAAUUUAAGUGUUGAAGAAUCAGAUGGGUUGUUUGAUGAUAUCAUCCAAGCCGGUAUUGCAUCUUCAUUAUCAUACUUACUUCGAACGCCUGAUGGGAAUAUCGCUGCUCUCAGGCUAGUAUCAAUAUUGGAUCAAGCAGAAGAAAAAUGCACAUCUGAAGUUUGCAUUUAUAACUUCAUUAGUUUGAUUCAGGCUUAA